AGUGCACACUUGGCGUUGUGGCAGAUUAAACGAAAAAAAACGUCGCGGAACAAAGCGAAUUUAGCUUACAUGACAAAAUUUAAAAAUUAACAAAAUCAUAAAUAAGGAAAUGACCAUUGGAGUGAAUAAAGAGGAAAUCAAAGUGACUUAAAAGCUAAACCAAAACCAAAAAGCAAAGUUUUCAAUACCACAAAAUCAAAAGCAUGUGCAGUGAAGCCUGAGUAACAGUUAAAUAUGUUGAUAAAAUAUAUGUUAGUGCUCUCCUGUGUGGGAAUUUUUUGUGUAAUUCUGGGAAAACCAAUGUCAAAUACAUCGACGACACUGUCGGCGCCUACACCUCUGCCUACCAUCCAAAACCCACUGCAGUCCGAUGAAAAUAUUGUCUUACCCCUAAGCAUUGACACCGAUGUCGCAAACUCAUUAGAUGAUAAGGAACUCGAAUUUCGCUCUUUGUAUGCCACUCAAAUGCUGUCAUUCAUGAACCAAUCCAUACAGCCUUGUGACGAUUUUUACGAGUACGCUUGUGGCAACUGGAAAAACGUUAUCAAACCUCGUCAGACGAAUCACAAACGCAAUAAUUUACUUGACAUUGCCUAUAAACUUGAUGACAUUGCCGAAAUGAUAUUGCAGAGGCCCCACAUCAAUGACAUAGCUCCCGAAUAUGCCGCUGAGUUUGAAAAGGUGCAGAAGUUCUAUAAUAACUGUCUCCAAAGUGAAAUACAUCCUAUGCGCAAAUCGCAAGUCUACUUAGAGGCCAUUAUGAAAAUUGGAGGUUUCCCAGCCGUAGACAAGGAAUGGAAUGCCUCUAAUUUCAGUUGGCUCAAUAUGAGCGCGCACAUGAGUAACUUUGGUCUAAAAAACCUCAUCGAGGAAAAAAUCAUACCCCAACAUCCAUUUCAACCCUAUUUUGAAAUACCCGAUUUUGGUUUUGACAUUGAACUUCACUAUGACAACAUCAAAAAUAGUUCCUCCAACGCCUACACCAAAAACUGGCAACGCAUGAAUGACAUUCUAUCGAUAUACGAAGUCGAGGCCGAGCAGCGAUCCAAGAUUAUCAGCGACAUUUUCGAAUUUCUCAAUGCAACCUUGAAUAUUGUUGAGAAAUUUAAUGAGAGUGACAUAGAAUGCUUCAUAAUUUCAAAUGAUUUUGAGGUAAUCGACUUGAGUGUUGUGGAUAAGCUAUUUCUGGCCUACUACGAGAUUGUAUGGCCAGGCGAUAUAAAUCAAUAUGUGGAAGACCUUCACAAGCCCUGUGCCUAUUUGUACUAUCAUUUGGAUAAGAUUGUCGAGCAGCAGAAGGAAGCAGUGGCCAAUUAUCUGGCACUUAAGUUUCUAUACCACAUCGAUGCCCGUUUAAAGGAUGCGACAUUUCAAAAGGAUUUUUGUUUACAGACCGUCAAGCGUUCAUUGGAAUAUUUUUUUGAUCAUUUGUAUAUGAAGUUAUACUUCAACGAUGAGAUACACAAUGAUGUGAAAAAAAUGAUCAAGGAAAUUCGACAGUCUCUUCACACAAUUCUAUUGGAAGCUGAUUGGUUGGAUGAGACCACACGUGAUGCGGCUCUACUCAAGGAAUCAUCCAUGGCCGAAUAUGUGGGCAGAUAUGAAGAUAAAGAGAUGACUACUCGUCUUUUGGGACAAAUUAAAAAUCUACAAUUUGUAGAAGGAAAUUUCGAGCAGAAUUUGUUGAAUUUGAAAGAAUUCAAAGAGUCUAUUACCCGCUACAACGGUCUACAUUACAAAGAGUUGAGUAAUACCACCAAGCCACUGGAGCUGUUUUUGGGCAUGCAGGUGAAUGCUUUCUACUACAACAUAGACAAUGCAAUUUAUGUCACAGCUGGUAUUUUACACCCACCUGCCUUCCAUAAAUCUUGGCCGAAUGUCUUAAAAUAUGCCACUCUGGGCUUUUUUGUGGGACAUGAAUUUACCCAUGGAUUCGAUAGUGUUGGGGCGUAUUAUGAUGGAGGUGGCAACAAUAACUAUUGGUGGUCCCCAAAAUCGAGCACUGUAUUUGAGGAACGUUCGGAAUGUUUUGUGGAUCAUUACCAGAACUACACCAUUCCUGAAAUUCAGCGAAAUGUCAAUGGCAAAAACACAAAGGAUGAAAAUAUUGCCGAUGGCGGUGGAAUCCGUAUGGCAUUAAUGGCUUAUCGCCGUUAUGUGAAGGAUAUAACCAAAAACACAGAUACCUCUUUAACGAAUUUCUACAAGGAUGAGCGAAUGCCCGGUUUGGACUUUACACCCGAACAAUUGUUCUUUGUGGCUGCAGCCCAAGUGUGGUGUGCAUCAUAUAAGGAAGGCGAUUAUUGGGAAGAACUAUCGGAUGAGCACACAAUCGAUAAAUAUCGAGUAUUGGGCAUGGUGUCCAACAAUGAGGACUUUGCAAAAGCCUACAAUUGCACGAAAGGCAGUAAAAUGAAUCCUUCCAACGAUAAAUGUACGAUUUGGUAGCCUAUGGACUAAUUUAAACAAUAAAUGCUUUGAAGAGUGGACGUUUAAACUCUUAUUAGUAAAUUA